CUCAGGAGGGGAGAGUUGGGAGAGGAUUUGCUGCUGAGGAAGUUUAUUUGAUAGCUUGAAGGGUUGAACGGAGCUACAGAAACGAAAGAAAAAAUCCUUAUAAGCCAAUGGUUUUCCGGAAGAAAAUAACCCCAUUGCCUUGAGUUUGUAGGUGCCACUACUACUCUGGGAAAAUGGCAGAUGACGAAGAAUAUGAGGAGGUGGUGGAGUACUAUACAGAGGAGACAAUUUACGAAGAGGUGCCAGGAGAGACAAUAACAGAAUUCUAUGAAACCACAACAACAAGGACAACGUCUGACUAUGGGCAAUCAGAAACUUCCAAACCUGCCCUGGCACCGCCAGAGCCGGCAAAGCCAGUGGAGAGGAAGAAGGUCAUCCGGAAGAAAGUGGACACUUCCAAGUUCAUGACCCCUUACAUUGAACAUAGUCAGAAAAUGCAGAAUCUUUUUAGCCCAAAUAAAUACAAGGAGAACUUUGAGAAAGCAAAAGGACAGCCAUAUGCCAGUACAGCCGAUACUCCAGAACUUCGCAGAAUCAAGAAAGUGCAAGAUCAACUUAGCGAGGUUAAAUAUCGAAUGGAUGGCGAUGUUGCUAAAACUAUCUGUCACGUGGACGAAAAAGCAAAAGAUAUUGAACAUGCAAAGAAAGUGUCGCAGCAAGUCAGCAAGGUUUUAUAUAAGCAGAACUGGGAAGACACCAAGGAUAAGUACCUGCUUCCCCCUGAUGCCCCUGAGCUUGUCCAGGCCAUUAAGAACACAGCCAUGUUCAGUAAGAAACUGUACACUGAAGACUGGGAAGCAGACAAAAGUUUGUUUUACCCUUAUAAUGAUAGCCCGGAACUGAGGAGGGUUGCCCAGGCCCAGAAAGCUCUCAGCGAUAUUACCUACAAAAAAGGUCACACUGAACAGCAAUCUCAAUUCACAUCUCUGCCUGAUCCUCCAGAUAUUGAAUUUGCCAAGAAAGUAACCAAUCAAGUGAGCAAGCAAAAAUACAAAGAAGACUAUGAAAAGAAAGUCAAAGGCAAAUGGAGUGAGACCCCUUGCUUUGAAAGCAACGCCAGAAUGAAUGCCGAUAACCUCAGCACAAGGAAAUAUCAGGAAGAUUUUGAGAACAUGAAAGACCAGAUCUACUUCAUGCAGACUGAAACACCAGAGUAUAAAGUGAAUAAACAAGCUGGGUUGGCAGCUAGCAAGGUAAAAUAUAAAGAAGACUGAAAGAAUAAAGCAAAAGCAGAUUAUAAUGUACUUCCUGCUUCAGAGAACCCACUGCUCAGGCAGCUGAAGGCGGCCGGAAAUGCCCUAAGUGAUAAACUCUACAAGGAAACUGAAAAGACAAAGGCAAAGAGCAUGAAUUACUGUGAGACCCCCAAGUUUCAGCUUGACACUGUUCUGCAGAACUUCAGUAGUGAUACUAAAUAUAAAGAUUCCUACUUAAAGAAUAUUUUAGGACACUAUGUAGGCAGCUUUGAAGAUCCAUAUCAUUCACACUGCAUGAAAGUCGCAGCCCAAAACAGUGAUAAAAACUACAAAGCAGAAUAUGAAGAGGACAGAGGCAAAGGCUUCUUCCCGCAGACCAUAACUCAGGAAUAUGAAGCCAUCAAGAAAUUAGAUCAGUGUAAAGAUCACACCUACAAAGUCCAUCCAGAAACAAAAUUCACUCAGGUUACCGACUCUCCAGUUCUGGUACAAGCCCAAGUCAAUUCCAAACUUAUGUUAAAGGAUAAAAAUACAAGGAAUCUCAUUAAUUACAAAGCUAAACAUGAAAGUGAGAAGUUCAAGGUGCCAUAUACCCCUGCUACUCCUGCCUUUAUCCAGCACAAAGUCAACGCUUACAACCUGAGUGAUAAUGUUUAUAAGCAAGACUGGGAGAAGAGCAAAGCUAAGAAGUUUGACAUUAAAGUGGAUGCCAUUCCCCUGCUGGCAGCCAAAGCCAACAGCAGGAAUGCCAGCGAUGUGAUGUACAAGAAAGACUAUGAGAAGAGCAGAGGGAAAAUGAUUGGAGCCCUCAGCAUUAAUGACGAUCCCAAGAUACUGCACUCCUUGAAGACGGCCAAAAACCAGAGUGAUAGAUUAUACAAGGAGAACUAUGAGAAGACAAAAGCAAAGAGUAUGAAUUACUGUGAGACCCCUAAAUAUCAACUUGAUACACUGCUGAAGAACUUCAGCGAGGCUAAAUAUAAAGAUUCAUAUGUAAAGAAUAUUUUGGGACAUUAUGUAGGCAGCUUUGAGGACCCAUAUCACACACACUGCUUGAAAGUUUCUGCUCAAAAUAGUGACAAAAGUUACAAAGCAGAAUAUGAAGAAGAUAAAGGGAAGUGCUAUUUCCCUCAGACAAUAACACAAGAAUAUGAAGCAAUUAAGAAGCUGGACCAGUGUAAAGAUCAUACCUACAAAGUUCAUCCGGAUAAGACUAAAUUCACGGCAGUCGCUGAUACGCCUGUACUACUGCAAGCCCAGCUCAACACCAAACAGCUCAGUGAUCUGAAUUACAAAGCAAAACACGAAGGUGAGAAGUUCAAGUGCAAUGUGCCCGCAGAUGCUCCAGAGUUUAUCCAACACAGAGUCAAUGCCUACAACCUGAGUGAUAAUGUUUAUAAGCAAGACUGGGAGAAGAGCAAAGCUAAGAAGUUUGAAAUUAAAGUGGAUGCCAUCCCCCUGCUGGCAGCCACCAACAGCAGGAAUGCCAGCGAUGUGAUGUACAAGAAAGACUAUGAGAAGAGCAGAGGGAAAAUGAUUGGAGCCCUCAGCAUUAAUGACGAUCCCAAGAUACUGCACUCCUUGAAGACGGCCAAAAACCAGAGUGAUCGUGAAUAUCGUAAAGACUAUGAGAAGUCAAAAACCAUCUACACGGCCCCUCUUGAUAUGCUCCAAGUCACUCAAGCUAAGAAGUCUCAGGCAAUUGCCAGCGAUGCGGACUACAAGCACAUCUUACACAACUACAGCUACCCACCCGACAGCAUCAACGUGGACCUUGCCAAGAAGGCCUACGCACUGCAGAGUGACGUGGAAUACAAGGCUGACUAUAACAGCUGGAUGAAAGGCUGUGGCUGGGUGCCUUUUGGGUCUUUGGAAAUGGAAAAAGCAAAGCGGGCUUCUGACAUCCUUAAUGAGAAAAAAUAUCGCCAACAUCCAGAUACACUCAAGUUUACCUCAAUUGAAGAUGCUCCAAUUAUAGUACAGUCUAAAAUAAACCAGGCCCAGAGGAGUGAUAUUGCUUACAAAGCCAAAGGAGAGGAAGUUCUGCACAAAUACAACCUGCCAGCUGACCUGCCGCAGUUCAUUCAGGCUAAAGUGAACGCCUAUAAUAUCAGCGAGAACAUGUAUAAAGCUGACUUGAAAGACUUGAGCAAGAAGGGGUAUGACCUGAGAACGGAUGCCAUUCCCAUCAAAGCUGCCAAAGCAGCCAGGCAGGCAGCGAGUGACGUUCAGUACAAAAAAGAUUAUGAAAAAGCUAAAGGGAAAAUGGUUGGCUUCCAAAGUCUCCAAGAUGAUCCUAAACUGGUUCAUUAUAUGAAUGUGGCUAAGAUACAGUCAGACCGGGAAUAUAAAAAAGACUACGAAAAGACAAAGACUAAAUACAACACGCCUCACGAUAUGUUCAAUGUUGUGGCCGCCAAGAAAGCUCAGGAUGUCAUCAGCAAUGUCAACUAUAAGCAUUCUCUCCAUCAUUACACCUACCUGCCCGACGCCAUGGACCUGGAGUUGUCCAAAAACAUGAUGCAGAUACAGAGUGACAACACCUACAAGGAGGACUACAACACCUGGAUGAAAGGCAUAGGCUGGAUACCUAUUGGCAGUCUGGACUUAGAAAAAGUGAAGAAGGCUGGAGAUGCCCUGAAUGAAAAGAAGUACAGGCAACAUCCCGACACCCUCAAGUUUACCAGCAUCGUGGACUCCCCAGUUAUGGUCCAGGCAAAGCAGAACACACAGCAAGUCAGCGAUAUCUUAUACAAAGCUAAAGGAGAAGAUGUGAAACAUAAGUAUACUAUGAGCCCUGAUCUUCCACAGUUCAUCCAGGCUAAGUGCAAUGCUUACAAUAUCAGUGAUGUCUGUUACAAACGGGACUGGCAUGAUUUAAUAGCCAAGGGCAACAAUGUCCUGGGUGACGCUAUCCCCAUCACUGCAGCCAAGUCAUCAAGAAACAUUGCCAGUGAUUACAAAUACAAAGAAGCUUAUGAGAAGUCAAAGGGAAAGCAUGUGGGCUUCAGAAGCCUCCAGGAUGAUCCCAAACUGGUCCACUAUAUGAAUGUGGCAAAGUUGCAGUCUGAUCGUGAAUAUAAGAAGAACUAUGAGAAUACCAAAACCAGCUACCACACACCUGGGGACAUGGUUAGCAUUACAGCUGCAAAGAUGGCCCAGGAUGUGGCAACCAAUGUCAACUAUAAACAGCCAUUGCAUCAUUACACAUACCUACCUGAUGCCAUGAGUCUCGAGCACACUAGGAAUGCAAAUCAAAUUCAGAGUGAUAAUGUAUAUAAAGAUGAAUACAACAACUUCUUCAAGGGCAUUGGCUGGAUCCCUAUUGGCUCUCUAGAGGUUGAGAAGGCCAAGAAAGCAGGCGAUGCACUAAAUGAGAGGAAGUAUCGACAGCACCCAGAUACCAUCAAGUUCACGAGCGUGCCUGAUUCCAUGGGCAUGGUUUUGGCUCAGCAGAACACAAAGCAGCUAAGUGAUUUGAACUAUAAGGUGGAGGGGGAGAAACUGAAGCACAAGUACACUAUUGACCCUGAAUUGCCUCAGUUUAUUCAAGCCAAGGUCAAUGCCCUCAACAUGAGUGAUGCUCAUUAUAAAGCAGACUGGAAGAAAACCCUUGCUAAGGGCUAUGAUUUGAGACCAGAUGCUAUUCCCAUUGUUGCUGCAAAGAGUUCACGGAAUAUUGCGAGUGAUUGCAAGUAUAAGGAGGCCUAUGAGAAAGCUAAAGGCAAGCAAAUUGGAUUUCUCAGUCUUCAAGAUGAUCCUAAACUGGUUCACUACAUGAAUGUGGCCAAAAUACAGUCAGAUCGUGAGUACAAAAAGGGUUAUGAAGCCAGCAAGACCAGGUACCACACACCUUUGGAUAUGUUCAGUGUGACAGCUGCAAAGAAAUCCCAGGAGGUGGCUACCAACGCCAACUACAGGCAACCCUUCCACAAUUACACUCUCCUGCCUGAUGCCUUGAAUGUGGAGCACUCCAGGAAUGCCAUGCAGAUCCAGAGUGACAAUCUAUACAAAUCUGACUUCACUAAUUGGAUGAAAGGAAUUGGCUGGGUCCCCAUAGACUCCCUGGAGGUAGAGAAAGCAAAGAGAGCUGGAGAUAUUCUUAGUGAGAAGAAGUAUCGGCAGCACCCUGAGAAGCUGAAGUUCACGUAUUCCAUGGACACAAUGGAACAGGCCCUUAACAAAAGCAACAAACUGACUAUGGAUAAGAGGCUGUACACUGAAAAAUGGAACAAAGACAAGACCACCAUUCAUGUCAUGCCUGAUACUCCAGACAUUUUGCUCUCCAGAGUAAACCAAAUCACCAUGAGUGAUAAACUGUACAAAGCUGGCUGGGAAGAAGAAAAGAAGAAAGGAUAUGACCUGAGGCCUGAUGCCAUCUCAAUUAGGGCUGCAAAAGCUUCUAGAGACAUUGCCAGUGAUUACAAAUACAAGCAAGCCUAUGAACAAGCCAAAGGGAAGCACAUUGGCUUCCGGAGCCUGGAAGACGACCCCAAGUUGGUGCACUUCAUGCAGGUGGCCAAGAUGCAGUCAGACCGGGAAUACAAGAAGGGCUAUGAGAAAUCCAAGACAUCCUUCCACACCCCAGUAGACAUGCUCAGUGUGGUGGCCGCCAAGAAGUCUCAGGAAGUGGCCACAAAUGCCAAUUACAGGAAUGUGAUCCAUACCUACAACAUGCUUCCAGAUGCCAUGAACUUCGAAUUGGCCAAGAAUAUGAUGCAGAUUCAGAGUGAUAAUCAGUAUAAAGCUGACUAUGCUGACUUCAUGAAGGGCAUUGGAUGGCUCCCUCUGGGCUCCCUGGAAGCUGAGAAAAACAAGAGAGCCAUGGAGAUUAUUAGUGAAAAGAAGUACCGCCAGCACCCAGACACUUUGAAGUAUUCCACAUUGAUGGACUCAAUGAACAUGGUUUUGGCCCAGAAUAAUGCAAAAAUUAUGAAUGAACACCUCUACAAACAAGCAUGGGAAGCUGACAAGACCAAAGUGCACAUUAUGCCUGAUAUCCCCCAGAUUGUAUUGGCAAAGGCCAAUGCAAUUAAUAUGAGUGAUAAACUCUACAAACUUUCCUUGGAAGAGUCUAAAAAGAAAGGCUAUGAUCUCCGAUCGGAUGCAAUUCCUAUCAAAGCUGCAAAGGCUUCACGAGAUAUUGCAAGUGAUUAUAAAUACAAGUACAAUUAUGAAAAGGAGAAGGGAAAAAUGGUUGGUUUCCGCAGUCUUGAAGAUGACCCCAAAUUAGUCCAUUCCAUGCAAGUAGCGAAGAUGCAAUCUGAUCGAGAGUAUAAGAAAAACUAUGAGAAGACAAAGACCAGCUACCACACCCCUGCCGACAUGCUCAGUGUCACAGCUGCCAAGGAUGCCCAAGCCAACAUCACCAACACUAACUACAAGCAUCUGAUCCACAAGUACAUCCUCCUUCCAGAUGCAAUGAACAUCGAGCUGACCAGGAACAUGAAUCACAUCCAGAGUGAUAAUGAAUAUAAGCAGGACUACAAUGAAUGGUACAAAGGGCUUGGCUGGAGUCCAGCCGGUUCCCUCGAAGUAGAGAAAGCCAAGAAAGCAACUGAGUAUGCCAGUGACCAGAAAUACCGUCAGCACCCUAGCACCUUCCAGUUUAAGAAGCUGACUGAUUCCAUGGACAUGGUGCUUGCCAAGCAGAAUGCACACACCAUGAACAAGCAUUUGUACACCAUUGAUUGGAAUAAAGAUAAGACCAAGAUCCAUGUGAUGCCUGAUACACCAGAUAUUUUACAAGCCAAGCAGAAUCAAACAUUAUAUAGUCAGAAACUCUAUAAACUUGGAUGGGAAGAAGCUUUGAAGAAAGGCUAUGAUCUCCCGGUUGAUGCGAUUUCCGUACAGCUGGCCAAAGCUUCAAGGGACAUUGCUAGUGAUUUUAAAUACAAACAAGGUUAUCGGAAACAACUUGGACACCAUAUUGGCUUCCGGAGUUUGCAAGAUGACCCAAAGCUCGUGUUAUCAAUGAAUGUAGCCAAAAUGCAGAGUGAACGAGAAUACAAGAAAGACUUUGAAAAAUGGAAAACCAGGUACACCAGCCCAGUGGACAUGCUGGGAGUGGUGUUAGCCAAGAAAUGUCAGGCCUUGGUUAGUGAUAUAGACUACAAGAAUUACUUACAUCAGUGGACAUGCCUGCCUGAUCAGAAUGACGUCAUUCAAGCUAAAAGAGCAUAUGAACUACAAAGUGAGAAUGUAUAUAAGUCUGACCUCGAGUGGCUGAAAGGCAUAGGAUGGAGUCCCCUUGGUUCUUUGGAAGCAGAAAAGAACAAACGGGCUUCCGAAAUCAUCAGUGAGAAGAAAUAUCGCCAACCUCCAGACACAAACAAGUUCACCAGCAUUCCUGAUGCCAUGGACAUAGUUCUGGCAAAAACAAAUGCCAAAAAUAGGAGUGAUAGACUUUAUAGAGAAGCUUGGGACAAGGACAAGACUCAAAUUCACAUCAUGCCUGAUACUCCUGACAUUUUACUGGCUAAGGCAAACUUAAUCAAUACAAGCGAUAAACUCUACCGAAUGGGUUAUGAGGAGCUGAAGAAAAAAGGCUACGAUCUUCCUGUUGAUGCCAUACCAAUCAAAGCAGCAAAAGCAUCCCGAGAAAUUGCCAGUGAAUACAAGUACAAAGAUGGUUACCGCAAACAACUGGGCCACCACAUUGGAGCCCGGAACAUUAAGGAUGACCCCAAGAUGAUGUGGUCCAUGCACGUGGCCAAAAUCCAGAGUGACAGGGAGUACAAGAAGGACUUUGAGAAGUGGAAGACCAAGUUCAGCAGCCCAGUGGACAUGCUGGGAGUGGUGCUGGCCAAGAAGUGCCAGACCUUAGUGAGUGACGUGGACUACAAGAACUACCUGCACCAGUGGACGUGCCUGCCUGACCAGAACGAUGUCAUCCACGCUCGGCAGGCCUAUGACCUCCAGAGCGAUAAUUUGUACAAGGCUGAUCUUCAAUGGCUAAAAGGCAUUGGCUGGAUACCUACUGGUUCUCUAGAGGAUGAGAAGAACAAAAGAGCUACUCAAAUUUUGAGUGACCAUGUUUAUCGUCAGCACCCAGAUAAAUUCAAAUUUUCCAGCCUUAUGGACUCCAUACCGAUGGUUUUGGCAAAAAAUAAUGCUAUUACCAUGAACCAUCACCUCUAUACAGAAGCUUGGAAUAAAGAUAAAACCUCUAUCCACAUUAUGCCAGACACCCCUGAAGUUUUACUAGCUAAACAAAACAAAGUAAAUUACAGUGAGAAAUUAUAUAAACUUGGCCUAGAAGAGGCCAAGAGGAAAGGCUAUGAUAUGCGGCUCGAUGCCAUUCCUAUUAAGGCCGCCAAGGCCUCCAGAGACAUCGCCAGUGAUUUCAAGUACAAAGAAGGCUAUCGUAAGCAGCUUGGUCACCACAUUGGUGCCCGAGCUAUACAUGAUGACCCCAAGAUGAUGUGGUCCAUGCAUGUGGCCAAAAUCCAGAGUGACAGGGAGUACAAGAAGGACUUUGAGAAGUGGAAGACCAAGUUCAGCAGCCCAGUGGACAUGCUGGGGGUGGUGCUGGCCAAGAAGUGCCAGACCUUAGUGAGUGACGUGGACUACAGAAACUACCUGCACCAGUGGACGUGCCUGCCUGACCAGAACGAUGUCAUCCACGCUCGGCAGGCCUAUGACCUCCAGAGCGAUAAUAUGUAUAAGUCAGAUCUCCAAUGGAUGAGAGGCAUCGGCUGGGUGCCCAUUGGCUCUUUGGAUGUGGAAAAAUGCAAAAGGGCAACUGAAAUUUUGAGCGAUAAAAUCUAUCGUCAGCCUCCAGACAGAUUCAAAUUCACCAGUGUGACUGAUUCUCUGGAACAAGUGUUGGCCAAGAAUAAUGCCAUCACCAUGAACAAGCGUUUAUACACAGAAGCCUGGGACAAAGACAAGACCCAGGUCCACAUAAUGCCAGACACACCAGAAAUUAUGUUAGCAAGAAUGAAUAAAAUCAACUACAGUGAGAGUCUGUAUAAACUCGCCAAUGAAGAGGCAAAGAAGAAAGGCUAUGACUUGAGAAGCGACGCCAUCCCCAUUGUGGCGGCCAAGGCCUCCAGGGAUAUUGCAAGUGAUUACAAAUACAAAGAUGGUUACCGCAAACAGCUGGGCCACCACAUUGGAGCCCGGAACAUUAAAGAUGACCCCAAGAUGAUGUGGUCCAUGCACGUGGCCAAAAUCCAGAGUGACAGGGAGUACAAGAAGGACUUUGAGAAGUGGAAGACCAAGUUCAGCAGCCCGGUGGACAUGCUGGGGGUGGUGCUGGCCAAGAAGUGCCAGACCUUAGUGAGUGACGUGGACUACAAGAACUACCUGCACCAGUGGACGUGCCUGCCUGACCAGAACGAUGUCAUCCACGCUCGGCAGGCCUAUGACCUCCAGAGCGACAAUAUUUACAAGUCUGAUCUCCAGUGGCUGAGAGGCAUUGGUUGGGUCCCCAUUGGGUCUCUGGAUGUGGUCAAGUGCAAGAGAGCUGCAGAGAUACUGAGUGAUAACAUCUACCGCCAGCCUCCGGACAAGCUGAAGUUCACCAGUGUGACGGAUUCUCUGGAGCAGGUGCUGGCCAAGAACAACGCCCUCAACAUGAACAAGCGUUUAUACACAGAGGCUUGGGACAGAGACAAGACUCAGGUUCACAUAAUGCCUGACACACCAGAGAUCAUGUUGGCAAGACAGAACAAAAUCAACUACAGUGAGAGUUUGUAUAAACUCGCCAAUGAAGAAGCAAAGCAGAAAGGCUAUGACUUGCGAAUUGAUGCCAUCCCAAUUGUGGCAGCCAAGGCCUCCCGAGAUAUUGCCAGUGACUACAAAUACAAAGAUGGUUACCGCAAACAGCUGGGCCACCACAUUGGAGCCCGGAACAUUGAGGAUGACCCCAAGAUGAUGUGGUCCAUGCACGUGGCCAAAAUCCAGAGUGACAGGGAGUACAAGAAGGACUUUGAGAAGUGGAAGACCAAGUUCAGCAGCCCAGUGGACAUGCUGGGGGUGGUGCUGGCCAAGAAGUGCCAGACCUUAGUGAGUGACGUGGACUACAGAAACUACCUGCACCAGUGGACAUGCCUGCCUGACCAGAAUGAUGUCAUCCACGCUCGGCAGGCCUAUGACCUCCAGAGCGAUAAUAUCUAUAAAUCUGAUCUCCAAUGGCUGAGAGGCAUUGGCUGGGUCCCCAUUGGAUCUCUGGAUGUGGUCAAGUGCAAAAGAGCUGCAGAGAUACUGAGUGAUAACAUCUACCGCCAGCCUCCGGACAAGCUGAAGUUCACUAGUGUGACGGAUUCUCUGGAGCAGGUGCUGGCCAAGAACAAUGCCCUCAACAUGAACAAGCGUUUAUACACUGAAGCCUGGGACAAAGAUAAGACCCAGGUCCAUAUUAUGCCUGAUACACCUGAAAUUAUGUUGGCGAGACAAAAUAAAAUAAAUUAUAGUGAGAACUUCUAUCGCCAGGCCAUGGAAGAAGCUAAGAAAGAAGGCUAUGACUUAAGAAGUGAUGCCAUUCCCAUUGUGGCUGCCAAGGCCUCCCGGGACAUUGCCAGUGAUUACAAAUACAAAGAAGCCUACCGUAAGCAGUUGGGUCAUCACAUUGGUGCCCGAGCCAUACACGAUGACCCCAAGAUGAUGUGGUCCCUCCACAUUGCCAAAGUGCAGAGUGAUCGUGAGUACAAGAAAGAAUUUGAGAAAUACAAGACAAGGUACAGCAGCCCAGUGGACAUGCUUGGUAUUGUUUUGGCCAAGAAAUGCCAGACCUUGGUCAGUGAUGUGGACUAUAAACACCUUCUGCAUGAGUGGACCUGCCUGCCCGACCAGAAUGAUAUCAUUCACGCACGGAAAGCCUAUGACCUCCAGAGCGAUAAUUUGUAUAAGUCAGACCUUGAAUGGAUGAAAGGCAUUGGCUGGGUUCCAAUUGGUUCCUUGGAAGUUGUUAAAGCCAAGAGGGCCACAGAAAUACUGAGUGAUAAUAUCUAUCGUCAGCGUCCACACACCCUGAAAUUCACCAGUAUAACUGACUCACUGGAGCAGGUGCUGGCAAAGAACAAUGCUUUAAACAUGAAUAAGCGCUUAUAUACUGAAGCCUGGGACAAUGACAAGAAAACAAUCCAUGUCAUGCCUGAUACACCAGAAAUCAUGUUAGCCAAACUCAACCGAAUAAACUACAGUGAUAAACUCUAUAAACUUGCUCUGGAGGAGUCCAAGAAGGAAGGCUAUGACCUGCGGCUGGAUGCAAUUCCAAUCCAAGCAGCCAAGGCUUCAAGAGAUAUUGCUAGUGAUUACAAGUACAAGGAAGGCUACCGUAAACAGCUGGGCCACCACAUUGGAGCCCGGAACAUUAAGGAUGACCCCAAGAUGAUGUGGUCCAUUCACGUGGCAAAGAUCCAGAGUGACAGGGAGUACAAGAAGGACUUUGAGAAGUGGAAGACCAAGUUCAGCAGCCCAGUGGACAUGCUGGGGGUGGUGCUGGCCAAGAAGUGUCAGAUCCUCGUGAGCGACAUAGACUAUAAGCAUCCUCUACAUGAAUGGACCUGCCUGCCAGAUCAGAAUGAUGUCAUUCAGGCUCGGAAGGCCUAUGACCUGCAGAGUGAUGCUAUUUACAAGGCUGAUCUUGAGUGGCUGAGAGGCAUUGGAUGGGUUCCGAUCGGCUCUGUUGAGGUGGAGAAGGUUAAGAGAGCUGGAGAAAUCCUGAGUGACAGGAAGUACCGCCAGCCUGCAAACCAGCUCAAAUUCACAUGCAUCCCAGACACCCCGGAAAUUGUCCUGGCAAAGAAUAAUGCCCUCACAAUGAGCAAGCAUUUAUACACAGAAGCUUGGGAUGCUGACAAAGCCUCCAUCCACGUGAUGCCGGACACCCCAGAAAUCCUGCUGGCAAAGAGCAAUUCUGCCAAUAUCAGCCAAAAACUUUAUACUAAGGGAUGGGAUGAAUCAAAGAUGAAGGACUAUGAUCUGAGAGAAGAUGCUAUUUCCAUCAAAAGUGCCAAGGCCUCUAGGGACAUUGCCAGUGAUUACAAAUACAAGGAAGCAUAUGAGAAACAGAAAGGCCACCACAUUGGAGCCCAGAGCAUCGAAGAUGAUCCCAGGAUUAUGUGUGCCAUACAUGCAGGGAAGAUUCACAGUGAACUUGAGUACAAAAAGGACUUUCAGAAGUGGAAGACCAAGUUCACUAGCCCAGUGGACAUGUUGGGCAUCUUGCUGGCCAAGAAAUGCCAGACUCUGGUCAGUGAUGUUGAUUAUCGCAACUACCUGCACCACUGGACCUGCUUACCUGAUCAGAACGACAUCAUCCAAGCAAAGAAGGCCUAUGACCUGCAGAGUGAUAGUGUGUAUAAAGCAGACCUGGAAUGGCUGCGUGGCAUUGGCUGGAUGCCAGAAGGCUCCGUAGAAAUGACCAGAGUAAAGGGAGCACAGGACCUUGUGAAUGAAAGGCUCUAUAGGACGCGACCAGAAGCCUUGAAAUUCACCUCCAUUGUUGACACUCCCGAAAUUGUCCUGGCAAAAGCCAAUUCUCUGCAAAUGAGUGAGAGACUAUAUCAAGAAGCCUGGAAUAAAGAUAAAACCAACAUCAACAUUCCUUCAGAUACCCCAGUUAUGCUGCAGGCCCAAAUUAAUGCCUUGCAAAUUAGCAAUAAACUCUACCAGAAAGACUGGGACGAAGCCAAGCAGAAAGGCUAUGACUUAAGAGCAGAUGCCAUUGAAAUCAAACAUGCCAAAGCCUCCAGAGAAAUUGCUAGUGAGUACAAAUACAAAGAAGGCUACCGUAAGCAGCUAGGCCACCACGUGGGUUUCCGCAGCCUCCAAGAUGACCCCAAGUUGGUAUGGUCUAUACAUGCUGCCAAGAUCCAGAGUGACAGAGAGUACAAGAAAGCUUAUGAGAAAUCUAAGGGAAUUCACAAUACACCCUUGGAUAUGAUGUCAAUUGUUCAAGCCAAGAAAUGCCAGGUCCUGGUUAGCGACGUUGAUUAUCGCAAUUAUCUGCACCAAUGGACAUGUCUGCCAGAUCAGAAUGAUGUGAUCCAGGCCAAGAAAGCCUACGAACUGCAGAGCGAUAACAUAUACAAAUCAGACCUGGAAUGGAUGAAGGGUAUCGGAUGGUUGGCAGAGGGUUCUGUGGAUGUGAUGAGAGUGAAAAACGCGCAGAAUCUCUUAAAUGAAAGGUUAUAUCGUACAAGACCAGAGGCCCUCAAAUUCACCAGCAUUGUUGAUACACCAGAGGUGGUCCUGGCAAAGACCAAUGCUCUACAGAUCAGCGAGCCACGGUAUCGUGAUGCCUGGGACAAAGAGAAGGCUAAUGUGAAUGUACCAGCUGACACCCCGCUGAUGCUGCAGUCCAAACUCAAUGCCAUCCAGAUUAGCAAUAAACAGUAUCAGAAAGCUUGGGAAGAUGUCAAGAUGACUGGCUAUGACAUUCGAGCAGAUGCCAUUGGGAUCCAGCAUGCCAAGGCUUCCAGGGAUAUCGCCAGUGAUUAUCUGUACAAGACUGCUUAUGAGAAGCAGAAAGGCCAUUACAUUGGAUGUCGCAAUGCCAAGGAAGAUCCAAAACUUGUUUGGGCAGCAAAUGUGUUGAAGAUGCAGAAUGAUAGGCUGUACAAAAAAGCCUACAAUGAUCACAAGGCCAAAAUCUCUAUCCCAGUGGACAUGGUAUCCAUCAAUGCUGCCAAAGAAGGCCAGGCAUUAGCAAGUGACGUGGACUAUCGUCAAUACCUGCACCAGUGGUCUUGCUUUCCUGAUCAGAAUGAUGUGAUCCAAGCCAGGAAAGCUUAUGACCUGCAGAGUGAUGCCAUUUACAAGGCUGACUUGGAGUGGCUACGUGGCAUUGGCUGGAUGCCAGAAGGGUCUCCAGAAAUAUUGAGAGUAAAAAAUGCCCAGGAAAUCCUAUGCGACAGUGUCUACCGAACACCUGUGGUGAAUCUCAAGUAUACAAGUAUCGUUGACACACCUGAAGUUGUCCUUGCUAAAUCAAAUGCUGAAAAUAUUAGUAUUCCAAGGUACAGAGAAGCCUGGGACAAAGACAAAACUUCAAUCCACAUAAUGCCAGAUACUCCAGAAAUCAAUCUUGCAAGAGCAAAUGCUCUUAAUGUGAGCAAUAAAAUUUACCGUGAGGGUUGGGAUGAAAUGAAGAUGAGCUGUGAUGUGCGGUUGGAUGCCAUUCCUAUCCAGGCUGCCAAAGCCUCCAGGGAGAUUGCCAGUGAUUAUAAAUAUAAGCUUGACCAUGAGAAGCAGAAGGGACACUACGUGGGCACCCUCACAGCCAGGGAUGACAACAAGAUCCGGUGGGCCCUCAUAGCUGGCAAGCUUCAGAAUGAAAGAGAGUACCGAUUGCAUUGGGCCAAAUGGAAGACCAAGUUCCAAAGCCCUGCGGACAUGCUCUCCAUCUUGCAUUCUAAGAAAUGCCAGACUCUGGUCAGCGACAUUGAUUAUCGCAAUUACCUGCACCAGUGGACCUGCCUGCCUGACCAGAAUGAUGUGAUUCAGGCCAAGAAAGCCUAUGAACUACAAAGCGAUGCUGUUUACAAGGCUGACUUGGAAUGGUUACGUGGAAUUGGUUGGAUGCCAAAUGAUUCUGUUUCUGUCAAUCACGCCAAACAUGCAGCUGAUAUCUUCAGCGAGAAAAAAUAUCGCACAAAAAUAGAAACUCUCAACUUUACUCCUGUGGAUGACAGAGUUGAUUAUGUGACAGCAAAACAAAGUGGUGAAAUCCUCGAUGAUAUUAAAUACCGGAAAGACUGGAAUGCUACCAAGUCAAAGUACACCCUCACAGAAACCCCCCUGCUGCACACUGCCCAGGAGGCUGCUCGGAUACUGGACCAGUACCUCUACAAGGAAGGCUGGGAGAAACAGAAAGCCACAGGUUACAUUUUGCCUCCAGAUGCGGUGCCAUUUGUUCAUGCCCAUCACUCCAGUGAUGUUCAGAGUGAGCUGAAAUACAAGGCUGAACAUGUAAAGCAAAGAGGUCACUACGUUGGUGUUCCAACCAUGAGAGAUGAUCCUAAACUGGUUUGGUUUGAGCAUGCUGGCCAGAUUCAGAAUGACAGACUCUACAAAGAGGACUAUCACAAGACAAAAGCCAAAAUCAAUAUACCUGCUGACAUGGUGUCAGUUGUGGCUGCCAAGCAGGGGCAGAACCUUGUCAGUGAUAUUGAUUACCGUAAUUACCUGCACCAAUGGAUAUGUCAUCCUGACCAAAAUGAUGUUAUUCAGGCAAGGAAGGCCUAUGACCUACAGAGUGAUAAUAUCUACAAAGCUGACCUGGAGUGGCUUCGCGGCAUUGGCUGGAUCCCCUUGGACUCUGUAGAACAUGUGAGGGUGACAAAGAACCAAGAAAUGGUGAAUCAGAUAAAAUAUAAGAAAGAUGCUCUUGACAACUAUCCCAACUUUACAAGUGUGGUGGAUCCUCCAGAGAUUGUUUUGGCCAAGAUUAACUCAGUCAAUCAAAGUGAUGUAAAAUAUAAAGAAACAUUUAAUAAAGCCAAGGGAAAGUAUAUAUUUUCUCCAGAUACACCAUAUAUUUCCCACUCCAAAGACAUGGGAAAGCUCUACAGUACUAUUCUAUAUAAGGGGGCGUGGGAGGGAACCAAGGCUUAUGGCUACACCCUGGAUGAGCGCUACAUUCCCAUUGUUGGAGCCAAGCAUGCUGACCUGGUGAACAGCGAGCUGAAAUACAAAGAGACAUAUGAGAAGCUGAAGGGUCACUACCUGGCUGGAAAAGACAUCAGUGAGUUCCCUGGUGUGGUUCACUGUCUGGAUUUCCAGCAGAUGAGGAGUGCGUUGAAUUACAGAAGAGAUUAUGAGGACACAAAAGCUAAUGUUCAUAUUCCCAUUGACAUGAUGAAUCACGUGCUGGCUAAAAGGUGCCAGUACAUUCUGAGUGACCUGGAAUAUCGACACUACUUCCACCAGUGGACGUCUCUUCCGGAAGAACCCAAUGUUAUCCGUGUUCGAAAUGCUCAGGAGAUCUUAAGUGAUAAUGUGUAUAAAGAUGACUUGAAUUGGUUAAGAGGCAUUGGUUGCUAUGUUUGGGAUACACCCCAGAUCCUCCAUGCCAAGAAGUCAUACGACCUCCAAAGUCAGCUGCAAUACACAGCAGCAGGUAAACAAAAUCUACAAAACUACAACUUGGUCACAGAUACUCCACUUUAUGUGACUGCUCUCCAAAGUGGCAUUAACGCCAGUGAGGUGAAAUAUAAAGAAAAUUAUCAUCAGAUUAAGGACAAAUACACCACAAUUCUGGAAACAGUGGAUUAUGACAGAACCAAGAACCUGAAGAGUCUUUAUAGCAGUAACCUGUACAAGGAAGCCUGGGAUAAAGUGAAAGCCACCAGCUACAUCCUGCCAACCAGCACCUUGUCCUUGACACACGCCAAGAACCAGAAGCACCUGGCCAGUCAUAUCAAGUACCGAGAAGAAUACGAAAAAUUCAAAGCUCUUUAUACUUUACCAAAAAGUGUUGAAGAUGAUCCCAACACGGCACGGUGCCUCCGAGUUGGCAAGUUUAACAUUGAUCGCCUGUACAGAUCAGUUUAUGAAAAGAACAAGAUGAAAAUCCAUACCAUACCGGAUAUGGUAGAGAUGGUUACUGCCAAGGAUUCUCAGAAGAAAGUCAGUGAGAUUGAUUACCGUCUGCACCUCCAUGAGUGGAUUUGCCACCCCGACUUGCAAGUCAACAGUCACGUCAGGAAAGUCACAGAUCAGAUCAGCGAUAUUGUGUACAAGGAUGAUCUCACCUGGCUGAAAGGCAUCGGAUGCUACGUCUGGGACACUCCAGAGAUUCUCCAUGCAAAACAUGCUUAUGAUCUACGUAAUGAUAUCAAGUACAAAGCUCAUGCGCAGAAAACAAGGAAUGACUACAAGUUGGUCACUGACACACCAGUUUAUGUCCAGGCUGUCAAAAGUGGGAAACAGCUAAGUGAUGCUGUCUACCACUACGACUAUGUGCACAGUGUCAGAGGCAAAGUGGCCCCAACCACAAAAACUGUGGAUCUGGACCGAGCCCUUCAUGCAUACAAACUCCAGAGUGAGAAUCUAUACAAAACUGGCCUGCGUUUCCUGCCCACUGGGUAUAGGCUUCCGGUUGAUACCCCUCACUUCAGACACAGCAAGGACACCCGAUACAUGAGUAGUUAUUUCAAGUACAAAGAAGUCUAUGAACACAUCAAGGCAAAUGGGUAUACGCUAGGCCCCAAGGAUGUUCCAUUUGUCCAUGUCCGGAGAGUCAACAACGUUACUAGUGAGAGACUGUAUCGAGAAUUGUACCAUAAACUGAAAGACAAGAUUCACACAACUCCCGACACACCUGAAAUCCGCCAAGUCAAGAAGACACAAGAAGCUGUCAGUGAGUUGAUCUACAAAUCAGACUUCUUCAAGAUGCAGGGUCACAUGAUCUCCCUGCCAUACACACCCCAAGUGUUGCACUGCCGCUACGUGGGAGACAUCACCAGUGAUAUUAAGUACAAAGAAGACUUGCAGAUCUUGAGGGGACUUGGUUGCUUCUUGUAUGACACUCCUGACAUGGUCCGCUCCCGCCACCUGAGGAAGCUCUGGUCUAAUUACCUGUACACUGAUAAUGCGAGGAAGAUGCGAGACAAAUACAAAGUGGUACUUGACACUCCAGAGUACAGAAAAGUGCAGGAACUGAAGACCCAUCUGAGUGAGCUGGUGUACAGAGCCAAAGGCAAGAAGCUGAAAUCCAUCUUCACUUCAGUUCCGGAUACUCCUGAUCUUUUAAGAGCCAAGCGAGGGCAGAAGCUUCAGAGCCAGUAUCUCUAUGUUGAACUUGCUACCAAAGAGAGACCCCAUCAUCAUGCUGGAAACCAGACCACAGCCUUGAAGCACGCUAAAGACGUAAAGGACCUGGUCAGCGAGAAAAAGUACAAGAUCCAAUAUGAAAAGAUGAAGGACAAGUACACCCCUGUUCCAGAUACACCAAUCCUCAUCAGAGCCAAGAGGGCUUACUGGAAUGCCAGUGAUCUACGCUACAAAGAAACAUUUCAGAAGACCAAAGGGAAAUAUCACACUGUGAAGGAUGCUUUGGACAUCGUUUAUCAUCGCAAGGUCACAGAUGACAUUAGUAAAGUGAAAUACAAAGAGAAUUACAUGAGCCAGUUGGGCAUCUGGAGAUCCAUUCCUGACCGCCCAGAACACUUCCACCACCGGGCAGUCACAGAUGCAGUCAGUGAUGUAAAAUAUAAAGAAGAUUUGACCUGGCUUAAAGGCAUUGGCUGCUAUGCCUAUGAUACCCCUGAUUUCACCCUGGCUGAACAGAACAAGAAACUCUACAGCAAGUAUAAGUACAAAGAGGUAUUUGAAAGGACGAAGUCAAAUUUCAAGUAUGUUGCUGACUCUCCAAUCAAUAGGCAUUUCAAGUAUGCAACUCAGUUGAUGAAUGAGAAAAAAUACAGAGCUGAUUAUGAGCAGCGGAAAGAUAAAUACCACCUGGUAGUUGAUGAGCCUAGACAUCUGCUGGCUAAGACCGCAGGCGACCAGAUCAGCCAGAUCAAGUACAGGAAAAAUUACGAAAAGACAAAGGACAAAUUCACCUCGAUUGUGGACACUCCAGAACACCUGCGUACUACAAAAGUCAACAAACAAAUCAGCGAUAUUCUUUAUAAGUUGGAAUACAACAAGGCCAAACCCCGGGGUUAUACCACGAUCCACGACACACCCAUGCUGCUGCACGUCCGAAAGGUCAAGGAUGAAGUCAGCGAUCUAAAAUAUAAAGAAGUUUACCAAAGAAAUAAAUCUAACUGCACCAUUAAACCAGAUGCUGUUCAUAUCAAAGCGGCCAAGGAUGCCUACAAAGUCAACACCAAUCUGGACUACAAGAAGCAAUAUGAAGCCAACAAAGCCUACUGGAAGUGGACCCCUGACCGACCAGAUUUUAUCCAGGCUGCCAAGUCAUCCCUGCAGCAAAGUGAUUUUGAAUAUAAGCUGGACCGAGAGUUCCUCAAGGGCUGCAAGCUUUCCGUCACUGAUGAUAAAGACAUGGUGCUGGCCCUCAGGAAUUCUAUAAUAGAAAGUGAUCUGAAAUACAAAGAGAAACAUGUCAAGGAAAGAGGAACCUGCCAUGCUGUGCCUGACACUCCUCAGAUCCUUCUGGCAAAGACUGUCAGCAAUCUGGUGUCCGAGAACAAAUACAAGGACCAUGUCAAGAAGCACUUGGCCCAGGGCUCAUACACAACAUUACCAGAGACCCUGGACACGGUUCACGUCAAGAAAGUGACCAAGCAUGUCAGUGAUACAAACUACAAAAAGAAGUUUGUCAAGGAGAAAGGAAAGUCCAAUUAUUCCAUCAUGCAAGAACCUCCUGAGGUGAAACAUGCCAUGGAAGUGGCCAAGAAGCAGAGCGAUGUUGCUUACAAAAAAGAUGCCAAAGAGAACCUGCAUUACACCACAGUGGCUGAUCGGCCAGACAUCAAGAAGGCCACACAAGCAGCCAAACAGGCCAGUGAGGUGGAGUACAGAGCCAAGCACCGCAAAGAAGGCAGCCAUGGGUUAAGCAUGCUUGGUCGCCCAGACAUUGAGAUGGCCAAGAAGGCAGCCAAGCUGAGCAGCCAGGUUAAAUACCGAGAAAAUUUUGAUAAAGAGAAGGGCAAGACACCAAAGUACAAUCCUAAAGACAGCCAGCUCUACAAAGUCAUGAAAGAUGCCAAUAACCUUGCAAGUGAGGUGAAGUAUAAGGCUGACCUGAAGAAACUUCACAAACCUGUGACUGACAUGAAGGAAUCUCUGAUAAUGCACCAUGUCCUAAAUACAAGCCAACUCGCUAGUUCUUACCAGUACAAGAAGAACUAUGAGAAGAGUAAAGGCCACUACCACACCAUACCUGAUAAUUUGGAGCAGCUUCACCUAAAAGAGGCCACAGAGUUACAGAGCAUAGUAAAAUAUAAAGAAAAAUAUGAAAAAGAGCGAGGAAAGCCCAUGUUGGACUUUGAGACACCCACAUACAUCACUGCCAAAGAAUCUCAGCAGAUGCAGAGUGGGAAAGAAUAUAGGAAAGAUUAUGAAGAGUCCAUUAAAGGCAGAAACCUGACUGGCCUGGAGGUCACGCCAGCUUUAUUACAUGUCAAAUAUGCAACCAAAAUAGCAAGCGAGAAAGAGUACAGGAAAGAUCUAGAAGAAAGCAUUCGUGGAAAGGGUCUCACUGAAAUGGAAGAUACUCCUGACAUGCUACGUGCAAAGAAUGCCACUCAGAUUCUCAAUGAGAAAGAAUAUAAGAGAGACCUGGAGCUGGAAGUCAAAGGAAGAGGCCUGAAUGCCAUGGCCAAUGAAACUCCAGAUUUUAUGCGAGCCAGGAAUGCUACUGAUAUUGCCAGUCAGAUUAAAUAUAAGCAAUCAGCAGAAAUGGAAAAAGCCAAUUUCACUUCUGUGGUUGAUACUCCAGAGAUCAUUCAUGCCCAACAAGUCAAGAACCUUUCAAGUCAGAAAAAAUACAAAGAAGAUGCAGAGAAGUCUAUGUCGUAUUAUGAGACUGUUUUGGACACUCCAGAGAUGCAAAGAGUACGGGAAAACCAAAAGAACUUCAGCCUUCUCCAAUACCAGUGUGACCUUAAAAACAGUAAAGGAAAAGUUACAGUUGUUCAAGACACGCCAGAAAUACUGCGUGUUAAAGAAAACCAAAAGAAUUUCAGCUCGGUUUUAUAUAAAGAGGAUGUCUCACCAGGAACAGCAAUUGGAAAGACACCUGAGAUGAUGAGAGUGAAGCAAACGCAGGACCACAUCAGCUCGGUGAAGUAUAAAGAAGCAAUUGGACAAGGAACUCCAAUUCCUGACUUGCCAGAAGUGAAACGUGUCAAGGAGACCCAGAAACACAUUAGCUCGGUUAUGUACAAAGAAAACUUGGGAACAGGCAUUCCAACCACUGUCACUCCAGAGAUUGAGAGAGUCAAACGCAAUCAAGAGAACUUUAGCUCGGUUUUGUACAAAGAAAAUUUGGGGAAAGGAACCCCCACAGCUAUCACUCCAGAGAUGGAGAGAGUCAAACGCAAUCAAGAGAACUUUAGCUCGAUAUUGUACAAAGAGAACUUGAGCAAGGGGACUCCCAUACCUGUCACUCCUGAGAUGGAGCGAGUCAAACGCAAUCAAGAAAAUUUUAGCUCGGUGUUGUAUAAAGAGAACCUUGGAAAAGGGAUUCCGAUUCCCAUCACUCCAGAGAUGGAGAGAGUCAAACACAAUCAAGAAAACUUUAGUUCGGUCCUAUACAAAGAAAACCUGGGGACAGGAAUUCCAAUCCCCAUCACUCCUGAGAUGCAGAGAGUCAAACACAAUCAAGAAAACCUUAGCUCGGUACUAUACAAAGAAAAUAUGGGCAAGGGAACUCCUUUACCUGUCACUCCAGAGAUGGAGAGAGUCAAACACAAUCAAGAAAAUAUUAGCUCGGUUUUGUACAAAGAAAAUGUGGGGAAAGCCACCCCAACCCCUGUCACUCCAGAGAUGCAGAGAGUCAAACGCAAUCAAGAAAACAUUAGCUCGGUACUAUACAAAGAGAGCAUGGGGAAAGCAACCCCCACACCCUUUACUCCUGAGAUGGAAAGAGUCAAACGCAAUCAAGAAAACUUUAGCUCGGUAUUGUACAAAGAGAAUAUGAGAAAAGCAACACCGACACCUGUUACUCCAGAGAUGGAGAGAGCUAAGCGCAACCAAGAAAACAUUAGCUCGGUUCUUUAUUCUGAUAGCUUCCGGAAACAAAUACAAGGCAAAGCUGCCUAUGUAUUGGAUACCCCAGAGAUGAGACGGGUAAGGGAAACCCAACGGCACAUCUCAACGGUGAAAUAUCAUGAAGAUUUUGAGAAACACAAGGGUUGCUUCACACCAGUGGUGACCGAUCCUAUCACUGAACGAGUGAAAAAGAACACGCAGGACUUCAGUGACAUUAACUACCGAGGUAUUCAGAGAAAAGUGGUAGAAAUGGAACAAAAGCGAAAUGACCAGGAUCAGGAGACUAUUACAGGACUACGUGUCUGGCGUACUAAUCCUGGUUCAGUUUUUGACUAUGAUCCAGCAGAAGACAACAUUCAAUCCCGAAGUUUACACAUGGUUAAUGUCCAAGCUCAGCGCCGGAGCCGGGAGCAGUCAAGAUCUGCCAGUGCAAUGAGUAUCAGUGGGGGUGAAGAGAAGUCUGAGCACUCAGAAGCUGCCGACCACCACCUUUCCACCUACAGUGAUGGAGGAGCCUUCUUCUCUGCGGCCUCAACAGCUUACAAACAUGUAAAAACCACGGAGCUCCCACAACAACGAUCAUCUUCAGUUGCUACCCAACAAACCACAUUAUCUUCUAUCCCAUCUCAUCCAUCUACUGCUGGAAAAAUCUUCCGUGCCAUGUAUGACUAUAUGGCAGCAGAUGCAGAUGAGGUGUCCUUCAAAGAUGGAGAUGCUAUUGUAAAUGUUCAAGCUAUUGAUGAAGGGUGGAUGUAUGGCACUGUGCAAAGAACUGGAAGGACCGGCAUGCUCCCAGCCAACUAUGUUGAAGCUAUUUAGGCACUUCAAAAAUUCAGAUCUGUUUGUAGGACCUACACAUCCUGCAGUCAGUAUUUCAGUUUAGACUCAACAUGAUUUCUUCUCAAGUUAAUGGUUUUUUUGUGUGUGCCAUAUCAUUUAUGGCAGUAACAUCUCAUAAUUCCUUUCUGUAUGAACUCCAAUAAUUCUCCAUUAAAUCAAAUGUUAAUCUGUUCAGUUUUUAAACUAGACUUACAUUUUCAUUACUUUCUGAACUUGCACAUGAAACUUCAGACAUUAAACCUGUACAUUCUUUAUAUUAAACAAUGCCAUUUAUGAAAUUUCCUUUGGGUUUUAAAAUCAGUUGAAUUUCAGAAGACAUUUUAAAAGCUCCUGCUGUGUUACAUUAUUACUGUAUCGACCCAGUUUUUCCCAUUUACAAAAAAUGGUGAACAUUUUUUCUAAAAGAAGGCAUUCUGAACAUGACAAAUACACUGUGGGGAAAAUGGCAGAUAUUCAUCUUUCCCUUGCUUGCUUUUAAAUGCUAAUGCUUCUGUUUCUAAUCCAGUUCUAAAAUUAUAAACCUGGUAGUCAGUAUAGAUUGGUGAUAAACUAGUAACUAAUAAAAUUGUUUUCUGCAACAAA